AUGUUAACCCAGUGGAUCUUCCUGGUCUUCGGCUUCUUUCUGGUUUCCGCUGAAAGUAUUACUGAGCGGAUUUUUGGAGGCAACUCAGUGCGCAUUUCGGAUAUUCCCUGGCAGGCUUCUCUUCAUAGAAAUGGGAAGCACACUUGCGACGCUGUUAUCUACAGCGAUAAUAUCGUUAUUUCGGCAGCUCAUUGUAUUCCCACAAAUAAUAAUACAAAAAUAACAGUCCGAGUUGGCUCAACCCUGAGUGAUUCCGGAGGUCAGGAAGUCAUAGUUUCAAGAAGUAAAAUACAUGAGAGAUUUGGACACAGUUUGUCCAACGAUAUAGCCGUCAUACGACUUCAGUCCAGUCUCCAAAUGGGCGUCAAUGUAAGAUCUAUACCACUGGCUAAUAGUUCUCCAAGGCCUGAAUCUACUGCCUCGGUUUCUGGAUGGGGUCCUGUGGGAUGUCACCAGGAAGAAGCUAACUCUCUGCUGGAGACCAAUGUGGUCAUUGUGGAUCUGGAUAGCUGUCAGAGGUCCUAUGGCCAAGGUGUACCUAAGGACGUGAUAUGUGCGGCGGCUUCGGAAAAAGGUUUCUGCUCGGGGGGCUCUGGAGGUCCUUUGGUAUUGGAUGGACAACUUGUUGGCAUCGUUUCUUUUGGAAAAGGUUGUGCCCAUCCCGAAUAUCCUGGAAUUUACAUCGAUGUGGCCCAGCAGAAGUCCUGGAUAUUGAAAGCUAUUAGAAAAGUGCUCUGUCCAUGUUCCAAAGUAAUAUAA